AUGCAACAACCAGAGACCACGAAUCCCCAACCGGGCCCUCCAUCACGACCCUGGCAGGCCAACCUCGCGUUUUUCCCUAACCCCAACGUCUAUAACCCUACCGAGCUCGACCUCCGCGGCUUCCUCCGAUGCCGCAUGCCCCCACCCCCCGGCAUCCAAGACGUGCUCUUCUACAUCACCGCACGCUUCGCCGACGGCCUCUUCCACCCGCUCGCCAUCGUCUCGCAGGUGCCCCCCUCUGCCGACCGCUGGCCGCCCGUCACCAAGGCCUUUGUCGCGGGAGCCGUGCAGCGCAUCCACGAGCACCUCUCGAACCCGACCCGCCACGCGUUCUUAGAGACGGAGGUCCAGCGCGCGGCGCUUCUCUAUCGUAACGAGAGCAGUGGUCGGGCGCGGCAGCUCGCGCCCGGUGAGCCGCCGGGCGUGGCGACGGCCGAGGACCGUGCCAUAUGGCUGGACAAUGCGCCACAUCGACAUGCGGCAAACGCGCUGCUGAACUGUCUGGCCAACGGCGAGGGGAACGAAGAAGAGUACUGGACGCCGCUGGAGCUGCGCACGCGGUUUGGCAUGCUGGACUCGCGAUACAAGGCCGUGGUGUUUGACAUUACGGACCUGACGAGGGUGACGUGCGGUGUGAUUGAGAACGAGGUGGUGCCGGUGCUGGAUACGAGUGCUAGUCCUCCGCUCCAGACAGAGGAGUCCAGGAGGACCGUGUGGACGGUGCCGCAGUGGGUGCUGGCAGAGAAUGGAUUCGAGAACGUGCUGUCAAUCAAAGACGAGUCGGCGGAUGCGCUGCUGUCGACGUUUCCGGAUAUCCCCUUGAUUGACAGGGAUGUUCUAAAAAUGCUCUGGAGAAUCGAUGCCAAUCGGCUGCUAGAGUUCGAUGAUGACGAUGUUGUAUCUGAGGAUUUUUCUUUGAGGCCUUGA